CCUAGGCAUAGAUUUACCUUCAAGAUAUUUAGCGCCCACCUGUCUUACAGCUCUUAAACCCACUUUCUCUGAUGAUUAGUUCUCUUCUCGUUGCGCGUCGAAUCCGCUAGCUUGAGUCUACCCGGCGUGCUGCUUUAAAGCCGUCGAGGAUGUUCAGAAGUCAGGUCUUGAGGAGAGGGUUUUCCAUUUGGAGGGGAACGACUACGUCUGGGGUAGUCCGCUCCGCGGCUCGUAAUGGACACCAAACUAUACAAAUACAACCCGUACGCAUAAGAAGACCGUUCUUCACGCGAAGUCGAAUAAUCGGUUUCACUGUCACUGCUACAACGGCCUACGCUGCUCUUCACUGGUUAGAUCAAUUGCUCGAUGACCUUGAGGACGAUGAGGAGGAGGAGGAGGAUGCGGAGGAUGAGGACGAGGACCAAGAAUGGCAAACAGUGCCGCAGAAGAGAGAAAGAGACAUACGGUCUGAAAGCGAAGAUCUGGCCGAUGACCCAUACGACGAAGAGGAGUUGGAAGCUAUACUAUUCAUUCCAACGGGGUUUUCAAGACCAAAACCAAGAACUCGAUAUAAAGCGUCGGAUCCCGAAUGGCAAGAGUACGUGCGUCUAGCCAAUGACCCGCAACGGAUACGACGCAUGCAAGAGGAUUUUGUGGUAAUGAUUCGCACAUUUUUUCUCCGUUCCUGGGGUACUAGAUCUCCAAUCGGAGAUGUUGACCCACGUGCUGGAAGUUUCCUAUUGCAUCUCAGGUAUCCUCAUCAACCACCCAUCGAAUACGAACGUCCAGGCAUCGAAAUAUUGGAGGACUUGUCGGUUCAACGAUCCACCCGACCGGUUGAAGAGGCUCAUCACCAUCGAUUGGCCGCCCUUCUUCGUCCUGUCCCGUCUGCCCAGGGACUGUACGCCCAUAUCAAAGGGACGGCUGCAAGGGUGUGGGAUGGGAUCCGGUCUUGCCUGGGUUGGUCGGCACAAGAUGAUCUCCACUCGAAAGAAGCCAUGUCUUCAGGCUUGCCUGGCUCGGCUGCUCUCAUUCCGUCAAAACCCCGCUUGGCAAGAGACCCGCCAACGGGUUCUCCAGCCGCCUCCUCGGGACAUUCAGCCGUGUCCCCUCCAUCCUCUGAGUCAAUAGAGGCGAGUUCACAGGGAGACACUCCCACACGCAAACUUCUAAUCCCCCUGGCUGAAAUCCCUAGACUCGACCUCGGCCAAUUCCAUCGGGCGUUCAGGAAUGAAAACGCCCGGCAUCAGUUCAAGCACGGCUUCUCAAGGGAACCGCAAAGAGGAGCGGUAGUAGUAAAGGGCGAAAUUGAAAUCAGGGGGAGUCGAGGGAGUGCCGUGGCGCUUGUCACAGGCCACUAUGAUCCAAAGAAGAACGUUUUCGUGAGAGUAAUUGUUGAUGGAGCAGAGCCUAGCUUCAGUCUCUACUCGUCUCGAGGCGACCCCUGAUUGGCAAUCACCCAACAUUAUUUCUAGCGCCGUUGCGCCGUGUAGGAAGACGGGAUAAGGCGCAUAAGAGUCGUUUGCGACACCGACGGCGCUACUCUUUAUAUUUGCAUGAUACCCAGAUGAAUAUUUACUAUGCUGCACUAGACC